AUGUCAAGUUUACCACGUUCAUACGAUAUAAUUUGGUCACCACAUGAAGGGACAAACCAAUUUAUAAUCGGAUCAAAUAGCGAUUUGCGUUUAUACGAAUUAAUUCCACCAAAGAGACUAGAUGGUAAAACCAUUGUGAGAAGGGUAACUGCAUACACAGAUUCCUCAUCGAUGAAGGAUUCAUCGUUGAUGAAGUGUUUAGCAUGGUCACCUGAUCCUAGUUAUCAAAGUCUGAUUGCGAUCAGUUCACAAGCUUCACAAACCGGAAAAAUAGUUCUGGUGAAUCUUCACGAAGGAGAAGCUGGGGAAGCACCAUCAAAUGAUUUUAGCGUAUCAUCUGAUAUAUCUUCAGUGUAUCAACCACAGCCAUACAUCACUCUCAACCUUAGAAAUUCAAAAUGCAAUGCUUUAUCAUUCUCGCCGGAAGAACCACGCCUCCUAGCGGCUGGUUUAGAAAGGACGAGAAAGGAUUAUGGCUUGUUGAUUUGGGAUGUUGAACAGCCAAGGUACGAUAUUCUGGCUGACCAGAGUAAGCAAAUUCUCACACAAAAAUUGUCAACUGAAACGCUUAGUAGGACUGGAAGCAUCAGUGGACGAAGCGAUCGAAGUAUACAUAAUGAACUUGGAUAUGAUGGCUAUCCGUCAUUUCCAUUGGAACCAUCUAAAUCAGUUUAUGAAACAUCGCGCUUUGCACCCACAUCCAGCCACGUACGAAAUGAUGAAAUAAAACCUACUUACCAAUAUGGUUUAGAUGAAUCUGUCAAUUCAUGUUCUUGGUUCCCAUCAAAUCGAAGGCUAGUAGCUGGAAUGUCGAUGAAAAAUUUAAGAAUUUAUGAUUUAAGAAAGGACAAUUAUGUACAAUGUACAAACACUAAAUCUGUUCAUGGGAGUCAAUAUCCUUUAUUUUCCAUACAAAAUGAUCAUAACAUUCAUAUCAUCUUUUUUAAUGCGGUAUAUAUCACUUUAACGUCGUAUUAUUUUUCAUACGUUCUAAGCAUACCCACCGAUUCGAAACCUGUUCGAAUAUCCUUUUCCAAAGCACGUUAUGGCAUAUUGGCAUCAUUAGAAAAAGAUUCAAGUCAUUUAACGUUAUAUGAUAUUCAAGAAAGUACAUUUAAAUUACGACAAUCCUCAACGAUAAAUCGAAAUUCACCUUUAGAAAGCUUCGAUCCUCAUACAAAUUUAACUGAUGGAUUCUCAGCUGGCAUCGCUGUAGGAGGUAAUAGUACUCCCAUGAGCGAGAAAAAUAUUAUUUUGGGUGCUUCUGUAACAGUCUCAAACAAAACAGACGAAGAAUUUGAUAUACCAGUUCUAUGGAAAUCUAGAAAAUCGCGUCGAUGUUCAAAGAAUAUUUCGUCCUUUUCGUGGAUAACGACUUUUUCAACACCAACUUCCCAUCGAUUAAUAUCAGUCAAUAAAGACGGUGUGUACAAUUUAGUGACACUGGAAGAAGCCCCACAAUUUUGUUGGAGCCCUGUAGGGAAUAUGGUUGUCUUUUAUCCCAAAGGUUUUAGAACUUUUGACAUAGAUGAAAUUCAUGGUACCAUAGAAGAAUCUAAUUCUAAACGUAGUGAUUCACAUAACGUGAAAAGUCAGGGACAUCCAAACAUCGGGGGAACUGGACAUAAGCAUCACGUUUCUUUGGAUCUCAGACACGAUCAUGAUCACGAUAGCGGGAAUAGAACUCCUCGGCCUGGUGAUAUUAACAAUUCCAAAGAUGCUCAUUUAUUUGGAAGGCAAUUAAAAGGAAUUAUCCUGAAUCAGCAGCAUAGAUCUUCAGAAGGUUUAUUAACCUCAAUAAGUGGUGAUAGUGAUCAUGGUCUAUCACCACCGCUGAAAUUGAUACGCGAAGAUAUUUCAGUUGUUAUGCGUAAAAGAGCUAAACGGGGCUAUUCUAUGCUUUGCACAGCAAAUGAAGAACUUGUGAGGGAUUCACCAAAAUUAAAGUCAUUAUGGAAUUGGAUAGCCCAAGCCGAACUACUUUCCGAAGGGAAAGCUACCAUUGGAAAUGUAGAUUUUAGUUUUCAAGGAGUUUAUUCAAUAUGGACAGCUUCAGUGCCCAUUAGUAAAAAACAAUCUCCGAUAUCAACACCUAAAACAUCAUCUCCUAGAUCUACACCCGAGAAAGUCGAGCAGGGGCUUGUUGAUGAUAAUGAAAUUCCUAUUGUUCCCACUUCAAAGUUAUCUCAACGGAAGUUAGCACUGGCAAUGUGCGGUUGGGACUUUGGAAAGAAAGAAUUGGAAAAUGUUAUUCGAGAAUUGGAAAAUGCAAAUAAUUAUGAAAAAGCUGCAGGAAUCGCAUUGUUCCAUGGUAAUACUGAAAGAGCUAUAACUGCAUUAAAUAAUAGUAAAGUUGAACGUUUGGAAUUGAUAUCGGCUACAUUGGCUGCCUUUAAUGACCACAGUCAUUCAAAUCAAAAAAACACUCUUUUGCGUAAAAUGUGCAAUAAACUAAGUAACGAAUUACGUGAACCUUACCUAAGAGUAAUUUUUUCAUUUAUUGCGUCCGGUAAUUGGCUUUAUGUAUUACAACAACAAGAAGAACUUGCAUUGCUCGAUAGAGUUUGUAUUGCGUUGAGAUUCUUGGAUGAUGAUGAACUCUCUACAUACUUAUCUGAUACCGCCAACAAGGUUAAAGCUGACGGUGAUAUCGAGGGAAUAAUCUUAACUGGCUUGACAUCAGAUGGCGUGACAUUAUUUGAGAAAUAUGUAGACAACACGGGCGAUGUCCAAACUGCAAGUUUAGCGAUGAGUUUUUGCGUUCCACGGAAAUUUAAAGAUGACAGAGUCGCUGACUGGAUCGAGAACUAUCGUUUAUUAUUAGACAAAUGGGAAAUGUUUCGUUCUCGCACAUUAUUCGAUAUUGCACGCGGUAAACAUAUGGGCACUUCGCCUUCAGCUGCCGAAAAUAUACCACCUCAAGUAUACGUUCGAUGUAAUUUCUGCAGUCAAAGUAUUGCGCAUAACCUAUGUAUACCUGGAAAGAAUAGACGGGUUACCUUACCUGCUUCAUAUCAUUUGACUCCGGGAGGAAUGUUGCCCAAACAAAAGUCUUUGCCCCGAUGUUCUAUAUGUUUAUUAAAUCUGGGAACACCAACAGACCACUUAAGAGAAGUAAUAGCAAAAAAUGGGUCAACUAACGAUAUUAAGGGAUCUGGAUUUGACCUUUGGUUUACAUGGUGUCAAUCAUGUAGGCAUGGAGGCCAUGCUUUACAUAUGUCCCAAUGGUUUGAAAAACAUAAAAUUUGCCCUGUUAGUGAAUGUCCUUGUGAAUGUCCUC